CCCGGGGGCGCAUGAGGCACACUCCCUGUGCUUUCCCUCUUCUCUGGCUCCGCUGCGCGGGACCCGAGGAUGCCGCGGGAGCCGCCCCGGCUUCGCUCCGUGAACAGUCGGGAGCCGUCAUCCGUGAUCUUCUGUAACCGCACUUGCCGCCGGGUGCUCCCCUUCUGGGUCAACUUCGAGGGGCACCCGACGCCCUACCGGAUGCUGCUCCCCGGCACCGGCCGCAGGAUGAGCAGCUACCUCGGCCAUUUUUGGUUAUUCAGAGAUGCAAACACAGGGGAUGGACUUCUUGUUAACCAGACUGAAUUAUUUGUGCCGACUCUAAAUGAAAAUGGGCAGCCUGUUUUUGCCAACAUCACACUCCCAGUUUAUACACUGAAAGAGAGAUGUCUUCAAGUUGUUCGUUGUCUGGUCAAGCCUGAGGACUACAGGAAACUGGACAUCGUGAGGUCAUUGUAUGAUGAUCUUGAAGACCACCCUGAUAUCCAGAAGGACCUCAGGAGGCUUUCACUGGAGUACCUUGAAAAUCAAGUGAAUAAAGAUUAAGAGACUGUUUCUGAGGCUUUGCUGGGGAAGCCCUUGAGUAAUUUUACUUAACCACGGUACUGUUGUUUACGGUCAGGUUCAGAGUAUCUAGUGCUCAAGACGUAAAAUAUUCUAAUGAUAAUGAUUGCUUCAGGAAUUAGAACAUUAACAUUUCAAGUCUGUAACUGAGAUGUUAACUGUAACUGGCUUCAUUGGACUUGGUGAUGUUUAGGAAUUAUGAUCACAAAAUGCAUUUUAAUGAGUGUCCUCUUUGGAAAUAUCAUCUGCCUUCAGUGAUUUGGCUGCUGUUUGGGAGUCCUGGUCCUCUGACUAAUAGGAUGCAAACUUACCUUGAGUUAGGGGUACCCCCAAACCCUGGACCAGUAGCUUCCAACUCUUAACUAUAUGAUCUAUUAUGGUUUAUGAAGUUAGAACUGUGGCCAGCUUUACAGGGGGCUUUGGCUCAGUUUAGGCUGGUUCUUACUCCGUAAGACAGUAUUAUUCAUAGUUAAUCUAUUUGUUUACCUUUGUGGAAAAUAAGAAUUUACCUAGUCAGGUUGUAAUUGACCUGAAUUAUUUUAUGUGAAAAAAUCAAGAGUAAUGUUUAUGGGAGAUGAUAAAGUGAUUCUUGGUGAUUCAGGAUUGUUUAUAGUGCAAGGCUAUUUUGCUGUAGAAAAGCAGAAUGCUAAGCACAAACUAUAGCAUUUCACUUGUGAGAAUACUAGCACCAGACUUAAAAACAAGUUAUUCAGGAGUGUCUGGGAAGCUUUUUGCGGGUGGGGCUUGUAAAAAUUAAGGUGAUUAUUCAUUUUGUCAGGCAGUCACUUGUGGAGGGCAUUUUUUGUAAUUUUUUUAAGUGCUGUUUUUUCAAAAAGGCAGGACAGUACUAUGCCAAGCAUUUCUGAGCUGUGACUGUCUUGAACUCUGUCUUGGUUUCUACAUAGUGAAUAAGGUGCAUUAUUAAUAUUUGUAUUUCAGCCUAGCCUGAAGAAAUGACUACAAAGGCAAGAACUUCAUAGUACUGUAAAUGUUACUGUUUUUGUUGUUCUCUUUUUUAUAUAUCUAAUGACUUAUUCAUUUAUGCCAACAUAUUUCCUAAAGUACAAUUUUUUAAUCAUCCACUGUAAUUUUUCUACCUGAGGAAAUGCUUUUGUAUUUCUAUUUUUAUUCUACUAUGUAUUGUAAAGUACUAUGUACAUAUAUGUAUAUGUAUAGGAAUAUGGUGAGUUCACCUCAAAGCCAGAAGUGGUUUAUUCCUUAUAAACUUAACUUCUUUGUUCUGGCUUCAACUUAACUUCAUUAAUUAUACAUCCUCUAAGGGACAAUCCUUAAAGGUUGAUGUUGGAUUUUUUUCCUUGUUUUCCUUUUUUUGUGGUAAUGAGUUACCAAAUACUGACCUUUAGACUUAGUUCUUGUGCUCUGACCUGACACGGAGUUGGAGGCUAAAUGAAAUAAUGAGUAAUCAUUCCACCACAAUGUCAAGUUUAAAAUUCCACUUUCUUUCCUUUCAUUUUUAAGUGCUAGAGCAAUUUGUCUCUAGCGUUUCCUAACUUUUCUCAUUUCAUGACAUGUCCAAUUGUCUUUUUUUUUCCCCUAUGGCUUGCCAUAUAAGCUCUUGUGUUGGGAGGAUAAAUAACUCCAUAGAUUUUAUAGAGAAUUUUGGAGUGCUGGUGGAAAGACAGAGAUGUUCAUGUUGAAAGAGAGGGAAUUUAGGGGAGUCUGAACCAGAGUUACUGAGUUUAUCCUUAGUUGCCUUUUUCAGAGACAGUAUGGCAUCAUGGGAUCAGGACACAGACAGGCCCUAGACAAGUCCCUUAGAGUGCUCAGUGUCCUGGGUGAGUACAGCAGUGGUAGAGAAGGCCGAAACCUGUCACAUCAUGGAAGUUGUAGGUUCUGUCCCCAAUCGAUCUCCCUCCCUGUUAUUUUCUUAAAGCCUUUCACUGAUGAUAGCCCUUUAUGAUGAAUUUUUUUCUCACUGAAUCAUGCAAUUUGAAUAUUGUUUCCAAUAUAGGCUGUCUUACGGAGCAUUGGCUGUUAGUCAAAGUAUUUUCUUAUUUCUGUGACUAUUACCAGUUUUAAUGAGAUUAUAUUUUUUUUUUGUCUCAGCUAUAAUUUGGCGUUAACAACAACAACAAACAAUUUUUUGCUCAACUACAGUUUGGCAUUAAAUAGUACUAAUAUUUUAAUUUAUGAAGAAUAAAGAGUUAGGUCCAUGCA